AAACCACAUAUUAACCAAACUUACUCCUAUCAUCUUUGCUAAACUCUUGCAACAAACAACCAGAGAAAUCGGGAUGUCAAUCCCCUCCAUAUCCACGUUUAUUUCCAAAUAUUCAAACCCCAUUACGCUCCAAAUACUCUCUCAUGAAACCCUCUGCUCUGACUCUAUUAUAUGCCAGCUCUUGAAGUCGAAGAAGUUUUGGCAGAGACUCACUCAAUCGAUCGAGGUUUGCAGAAGAUUAAGUACAAUGUGGAUGUUUAUGUUAAUGAUGAUGGUCCUUACAAGAGCUAGGCCUGAAGAAGAUUCCCGAGCACCUACAAAUCCGUUGGUGGCCGAGGGAAGCGCAUCUGCUAGAGUGCCGAGGAAGAACCGUAGACGUAAGUCUAAAGAAAUUACAACUACCGAUUCACCUGCAGAACCACAUGUAGAUCAACAUGUAGAACAAUCUGCAGAACAACAUGCUAAUCCCCCAAAGAGGCGUGGUCCAAGUAUAAAUCAUAGCGUUACAAGGUAUUUACAGAAUAUGCCGGAGGGUUUUAAAAUUCCUUUGACACUAGAUAAGGCCACAAAAGCCUUCAUUGGGACUUCAGCAACCGAUUUUGCAACCGAGUUAGGAAUAAUUGUUCGCGAUGUUUUUCCGAUGAGAUUUCACAAAUGGGAUUCGGUACCGGAAGAUGUGAAAACUUUGAUGUAUGAGAAAUUAGAAGGAAAAUUCGAGUUGCUGCGAACAGACAAUGUAUUAAUGGAGUAUGUAAAUAGUCGACUACAUAUCCAGUGGAAACGCAGCAGAGGUGUUUUGAGUCAGCACUGGAAGAACAAUGGAGGAAAAACGAAUCCAAGGUUGGCAAGAUUGAAUAUGCAUGGUGAUUGUCGAAAUCAAGACGAUUGGAAUCAUCUAUGCGACUAUUGGGAGUCAGAAAAAACCCGGAAAUAUAGUGAUCAAAUGGAACUUAACAGAAGAAAACAAGUAAAUAUAAGCAGGGGGGGCUCUCGGUCGAUAGCCAAUCAUGCAUUCAAAAUUAGAAAUCCCGAGACUCAGUUGCCACCUAGCCCAUUAGAAGUUUACUACAAGUUGCACUAUAAUGCCAAGAAAAAAGGAUGGCUAAAUGAAGAUUCACGUAUUGUAUAUGAUAAUAUUUGUAAACAAAAAGAGGAGGCCAUGGCUAGAUUGAAUACCGAAGGAACCAUCGUUACUACUGCUAUGGAACACGACGUGGAGAGAAAAGCCAUCAAAAGUGUAUGUGGCAGGGCUAAAACAAUACAAUCAGCAUGGGAGGUAGGUGUUGGUCCUGUGUUAAGGAAAAAAGAUAACUGGAUGAAAUCAGCAGUCGAAUCAUCUCAACGAGAUUCAACUGAGAACGAAGAUUUGAGAAAUGAGGUUACUGAACUCAAGGAGGAAUUGAAACAGAGUAACGAAAAAUACGAAAGAGUGACCCAGUUCUUGAGCCAAAAAUAUCCAGAUUUCGAGAGCACAAUAUCUACAAAUGAUGCUGAUGAAGAUGAUGGUUUGAAUGGACUACACAACGAAAGUGACAGCACUAUCUAGGCAGUUAGUUAAGACGUUUAUUACUUUUUUUUCUCUAAAACUCUUCUAAAUUUCAGAAUUGAUGAACCGGUGUUAUUUUGAUUUUCAUUGGCUAUUGUUAUGACAUUAAUGCUUGAGUUUAUUGUGAGUUUAAGAAAGCUAGAAUCAUUUUGACGAAUAA